GUCACUGGUAUCUCUCUCUAAAAUACCUCCGCUUUAUCUCUCUCUAAGGGAACAAUCCCCUCUAUUUUCCGCCAUUAAAGCACCUUCCAUAGCUUCUCUGCAACUGCAACUCUUCUGCAAUACUCCAUCAGCCAACAUAGAUCUUCCUCUCAGAAGCUUCCUCUCUGUUAAUGGUUAUUCCAGGGGCUUCAUUUCCAUUCAACCUCUACUCAUGUGACUGAAACGGCCCUGUAAAAGCUUCAGUCGCCAUGGAUUCUCCUUCUAGUUCCGAGUUCUUUCACUGGCUCAGUUUUUGAAGGUCUUUUGAAACUGAAACUCUUUGGUGAGAGAAGCUGCGUCUUCCAUGAAAUGUUGGUUGUGAAAGCUUCCAUCUUGGGAGGGACGAGACCUUCUAAAACUGAAAUUUCUCUCUGAACAUCAGCAUCCUCUGUAGUUUUUUGAUAUGGAACCUUGCGUUUAUUGGGAUACUGAAUCAUUUGGAUCACUGUAACUGAGCGAUCUUUUGCUUAUUUGUGUUUUUUACUGUAAUUGCAUAGACGCUCAAAGAUGAAGGCAGAAACUAAGCUUGAUUCAGCUGUUUUCCAGCUUACACCAACUCGCACCAGGUGUGACCUGGUUAUCUUUGCAAAUGGGACAUCUGAGAAGAUUGUUUCUGGAUUAUUGGACCCUUUCCUUACCCACAUGAGGACUGCCCAACAUCAGAUUGCAAAGGGAGGUUACUCAAUCCAGCUUGAACCAGGUCCUGGAAACAAUCAAGGUGUAGCAUGGUUUACAAAGGGCACAGUGGAGAGGUUUGUGCGGUUUGUGAGCACUCCUGAGGUUCUCGAACGCGUUAAUACCAUAGAGUCUGAGAUCACGCAGAUCGAGGAGGCAAUUGCCAUUCAGGGCAAUGAGAACAUAGGAUUUAGCACUGUAGAAGAUCAUGCAACAAAAUCCACAGAAAGCAAUGAUGGUGGCAGAUCUAUCAUGGAUUCAGAUGCUGAGAAGGCGAUUGUUUUAUAUAAGCAGCCUGGGGCCCAAUCAGCAGAAUCGAAUGGUUCCACCACACAAGAGGAGAAUUCAAAAGUUCAGCUUUUAAGAGUACUGGAGACACGCAGAACCAUGUUGCAGAAAGAACAAGGAAUGGCAUUUGCUCGUGCUGUAGCUGCAGGUUUUGACAUGGACCAUUUGGUACAUUUGAUAUCUUUUGCUGAGUGCUUCGGGGCUUCACGUUUGAAGGAGGCAUGCAUAAGAUUUAUGGAAUUAUGGAAAGUAAAGCAUGAAACCAGCCAAUGGCUUGAAGGGAUGGAAUUUGAAGCAGCGGAAGAAAUGUCUAGUCGAUCUGAAUUCUCUUCUAUGAAUGGUUCGGGCUUUAUGCUAUCAAGUGAAACCUCUAAGCUCAAGGAAUUCCGGGAGUCAUGGUCUGACUUUCAUGGGGAUAUAGGUGAAAGGAGCCAUGGGAAAACAAACAUUGAAGCUGGUUCAGAUACUGGAGCCUCAGAUCCUAGUAGAGAUAAAAGGUCCUCCAUGGAAUCCCAGGUGCCACCGGUUGUCCCACCUGAAUAUUAUCAGGGCCAAUACCCUCAGCCCAUGGUGCAUGCGUGGCCUCUUCAUGCUCCACAAGGUGCACCUGUCUUUCCAGCUUAUCCCAUGCAAGGCAUGCCCUACUACCAGGGUUAUCCAGGGGCUGGUGCUUAUUUUCAACCACCAUAUCCUCCAAUGGAGGAUCCCAGGUUCAACAUGGCUUCGAGGAUGGAUUUUAAAAGGCAACCAAUGAGUGGAAAAGAAGGAAACCUUGUGCCUGAGACAUGGGAAGGUGCUUCGAAUACAACAUCACAUGAUCAAAAUAUGCAACUUGAGGUAGAGAGAGAAGGCUCGUCUAGGCAGUCAAACAAACGACGUGGUCGCAUGGGUAAAUCACGAUCACGCAUGGUGGUUAUCCGAAACAUCAAUUAUAUUGCUUCCAAGGGAGAUGAUAACAGUGGGUCUGAAUCAGGUUCAGAGGUUGACGAGGAAGAACUGCAACAAGAAGUUGAAGAAUCACAACUGAACCAUGAGAAAAGGGCACAUAAGGCAGGGUCUUCAAAAAAUAGUUUAGGCCAGUAUGAUUCUAAAGAUAAUUUCAAUUCGUAUGAGAAAGGUGGAGCCCUUGAUGCUAUGGUCAUGGAUAAUGGAAACUGGCAAGCAUUUCAAAACUGUUUAUUGCGGGAUGAUAGAGAUGAUGCAAAUAGCAAAGGCCAUUUCUCCUCUGAAAAGGCGGUCAAUACAAAGAGACGACAUAACUCAGUCAGGGAAGACAUAACCCUUCUACCAGAACGAAGUGCAGGUGGUUUAUCAGAGCAGAGGAUGGGUGAAUUCGAUACUAUUAAUGGCAACAUGACACGAAUUUAUAAGCAGAAUGCAUCAGAAGGUGAUCUUGCAAUAGCUCGAAGGUUUGUUUCUAGCAACAGUAGAGACAGCUAUAGUGAUAUUCAAAUUGGUGAUAUGGUGGGUACAGAAGGUAGAAAUAGAAGGGCUAGUAUCGAUGAUUCCAUGAUGUAUGGGCAACCAAACCGGUCGGGCCUUACCGGUUAUAUGGCUGAUCCAGUUGCUGGAAAUGAAUUAGGGUAUUCUGCUUUAGCAGAUAGGAAUUCAGUAAAUAAUUCUACAGAUGAUUUAUUCAUUGUUUCUUACAAAUCUAGCUCGCAUGAUCUGGUAGACACCGAUAAUCGUACUCCCAUCAACAUGGAUUCUGAGCUUCCAUUGCCUAAGAAAACAGAAGAUCCUGUGAGGAAUCAAGUCACCUAUGAACCAGAUGAUAUUAGCAUGAUGCCGGAGCGUGGAAUGGAGAGUGUGUCUCAUGGCUGGGAUCCCACAGUGGACUACGAAAUGCAGGUGCAAGCAAAUAUGUCAGUCAAUGCUGAAGGUGAUAUGUCAAGUAAAGAAAAUGGAAAAGGUGAGACUGAUAAAAAGGGGAUGAAGAAGUCAGAAAAGGAUAAGAAGUCAAGAACUAUGCAUGACUCUUUGGAGAAAAGAAAGAUGGAUGCUAUAAUGAGGAAGGGGAAACCAUCAAAGUUGAGCCCUUUAGCUGAAGCACAAGCUCGUGCUGAUAAGAUGCGCUCUCUAAAAGCUGAUCUUCAGAAGAUGAAGAAGGAGAAGGAAGAGGAACAGUUAAAACAUCUAGAAGCUCGCAAGAGGGAGCGUCAAACGAGAAUUGCAGCUAGAUGCAGCCUAAGCCCUGUACCACAUCCUUCACUCCCCCAGAAAACGAGAACUCGGCUGCCAGCUAAACUCUCCCCACCAUCUAAGCUCUCCCCAAGCUCAUUGAGAGGAUCAAAAUUCCAUGAUUCAGAAACUGGGUCAUCUUCACCUGGCUCAAUUCUGCAAAAGCCAGUUGUGGGAACUGUCUCUUCCACAUCUGCUGAUUCUUCAAAGAACAAGUUCUCAAACAAAUUGAAUGGUGCUCGUGUGGCUGGAAAUGGUUUGAGUAGAUCAUUUUCAUCACUAUCCGAGCUCAAAAAGGAUGAUAGAUCCUCUGCAAGUGAAGCUAAAGCAACCUCUACUCGAAACAGAAGGCUUUCAGACCAUCAAAUCUACAGUGACCGGAAUGGGCCUUUGAUUAAAUCAGUAAAAUAUGAUUCAAAGCCAAAGCCAAAGCCAAAACCAACCAGUGGACCUGAGAUAAAGAAGCAGUCUGUUCCUUCAGCUCUUACCAGGCCCAAGUCUGAAGCUCUGGCAGACCCAACUCACCUGAGGAUCAGAACAAAAGCCUCUUCAGAUGUGACCCCAAAAAGGUCAGUGACUAAAGAAAGUACUCAAAGGGGGAAAGGGAACCAAUUGUCUGUUACUGCUGAUACUAUCAAGACCAAGAAGGGUUCUGAGAAAAUCAUAAAUUCUAGCAAUGGAGAUGCCAAUCCCAUUAUUGAAAAGAGUGUGGUAAGUUCUGAGCAUGACAAGGUAGUAGUUCCUAUUGGUGGGAUCUCAGAGGUCAGUGACCUCAGAACUGAAGCAAAUGGUGAAGACGCGAGAGAGAUGCCUGGAGCAGUUUCAGUAUAUGCUGCGAUCUGUGAACCACCUUCACCUAUUGUCAGAGAUUUUCUUCAAGUGGAAGAGAAGCAAGUCGAGCAGCCUAAUUCAAACGAGGCAAAUAUGGAUUCUGUGACCUCAAAUUUUCAAAACAUCAGUUCAAAUGAGAACCCAUAUCAAGCUCCUUAUGCUCGCAAUUCUUCCUUGGAAGACCCACGCACCAGUAACCUAGAAUAUGGUAAAGCCCUACCGCUUGCUUCUGAAAUGGAGUCAACUCCUUUGGAGAUUAUGAAGGCCCAUGUUGUUGAUUCUACUGGUGGGUUGGAGCAUACUACUGAAUCCAUGGAGAAGCCUUCAGGCAAAGAGCCUUCCAAGGGGUUUAGAAGGCUUUUGAAGUUUGGAAGAAAGAACCAUAGCUCAGCAGCAAGUGAGAGUAGCACAGAUUCAUAUCAGUUGAGAUCAGAGGGCCCAUCACUUUAUGACCAGGCUGCAGGACAUACUUCUACAACAGAAGUGCCUUCUCUCAGGAAUCUUAUCACUCAGGAUGAUAGCUCCACUGGAGGUACUCCACAGAAAGCUUCACGUCCCUUCUCUUUGCUUUUACCCUUCCGGAGCAAGGGGAGUGAGAAGAAAAGAUGAUGACGAAAACAUCCAGGUCAGAGCAUGUUUGUGUUCCUGUUCUUCUCCUGUUUUGUACAAGAAAAUCUGGAAAUUGUUGGAGUGGUUUGCUACAUGCCCUGUAAUACGAAAUGAUUUUCUUCUGUCUUUUA